AUGAAGGAAAGGUUGGAAUAUUUUCUCCGCGAGUAUGGUAUCUCAUCAAAGAAUGGAUUCCUUCCCGAAACCACCCCUUUACGUCGUCUAGACGAUCCAUACUAUACUCCAUGGGAAGCAAUAAUCGGCCAUCUUCCCGAGUUAGUCGCGAACGAGCAGGCCAGAUCUAAGAUUGAUGACCUCCCCAUUCUCGAAACUACAAACUUGAAGCUUGACGCAGAAUGGCAAAGAGCCUACGUCAUAUUAGGGUUCCUAACUCAUGCCUAUAUCUGGGAGGGCGACUGUCCCUCGGAGAUCGUUCCGCCCCAGCUCACCUGCCCUUUCUUGAGUGUUUCAGAAUACGUUGGACUCCCACCCACGGCGACUUAUGCCACUCUCAGCCUUUGGAACUACGAUGUCAAAACACCAAGCUGCGGCCUUGCCGAGCCUGAGAAUCUUUCUUCAUUACAUACAUUGACCGGAACAAAAGAUGAGGAAUGGUUCUACUUGAUCUCAACCGCAGUUGAAGCGAAAGGUUCCUCUCUCAUUCUAGGAAUGCUGCGCUGCAUACAAGCUGUGGUCGAAAAUGAUAGUAGAACCAUCCUGUCCUGCCUUGAUGCAACAACUACCGGAAUCAAUGACCUUGGAAUCAUCCUAGGAAGGAUGCAUGAACAUUGUGAUCCUCAAAUAUUCUAUCACAAGGUCCGUCCUCUCCUUGCGGGAAGCAAAGGAAUGGCUGCGGCCGGCUUGGCACGAGGUGUCUUCUACGACGAAGGCAAUGGACAAGGCCAAUGGCGACAGUAUAGCGGUGGAAGCAAUGCUCAAAGCUCUUUAAUCCAGGUUUUGGACAUUUUCCUCGGUGUGGAUCACCACGCGACCGGAGGUUCGGAAGCUUCGCCCGGUAUUGCGUCGAAAAAUACCCCCAGAGCGAAUGGAUUCAUCCUAGAAAUGAGAAAGUAUAUGCCACGAGCACAUCGUGAAUUUUUGGCACAUGUCUCACAAAUGAGCAAUGUCCGAGAAUACAUAUCGCUGCCAUCUGUUGAAGCUGGAAUACGACAAGCAUAUAACAACGCAGUUGCUGCCUUGGUAAACUUCCGCAGCAUCCACCUUCAAAUCGUCGCACGGUAUAUCGUCAUGCCCUCUCGGGGUCCACCGGCUCCUUACAUCGCCCAGGGAAACAGAAUGAAUCUGGCUACAGCGUCUUCUGCCAGUCUUGCCCCGGCGAAACCCUGGGAGGUUGAGAAGCGACACUUGACUGGAACUGGAGGCACGAAUUUGAUGCCCUUUUUGAAGAGGACUCGUGACGAAACGCGCGAUGCGGUUGUCAUAUAG